AUGUCAGGGCUUGAGGUGCUUGGCGGCAUCAGUGCGGUGAUUGCAAUCAUCGACGGCUCAGUCAAGAUCUGGGAGAGUGCACGUAAAGACCUCAAAUUCAGCGAGACCUUCGAAACCGUGGGUGAUCGACUACCCAUUCUUCGAGACAUUCUCCAAACCUGUCACGAGCAUUUCGAGCCAAUCAAAAAAUCCUUACCCGCCGAUACUGCCCAAGGUCUGGUGAAGACUGUUAACAACUGUAAGAGGAAGGCUGAGAAACUGGGCACCAUUUUCCAAGAGACGAUCCCGGGCGAGGAUGACUAG